GGGUGCCGGUCUCCUGCGCCGCCCCAGCCAGCAAGGGAGCCGUAGCGAACCGGAGGAGGAGGCCGCGUCGCCGCCGCUCGGAGCCCGGCCGGAACCUCCCAGGUACAUGGUGCAGGUCCGAGCUGUGGUGAUGGCCCGAGAUGACUCCAGUGGGGGCUGGCUGCCUGUGGGGGGCGGGGGCCUCAGCCAGGUGAGCUUAUGUCGGGUCCGAGGGGCCAGGCCCGAGGGUGGGGCCCGCCAGGGGCACUACGUCAUCCACGGGGAGCGCCUCCGGGACCAGAAAACCACCUUGGAGUGUACCCUGAGGCCAGGCCUAGUUUACAACAAAGUGAACCCCAUCUUCCACCACUGGAGCCUAGGUGACUGCAAGUUUGGGCUGACAUUUCAGAGUCCUGCAGAGGCUGAUGAAUUCCAGAAGAGUCUGCUGGCUGCACUAGCUGCCCUUGGCCGAGGCUCCCUUACCCCUUCUUCUUCCUCUUCCUCCUCCUCUCCUUCCCAGGACACUGCGGAGACUCCCUGCCCUCUGACGUCUCAUGUGGACAGCGACUCAUCCUCCAGUCACAGCCGCCAGGAGAUGCCUCCCUCUGCUGCCAUGGUACCUAUUGUCACCUUGGAAUCAACUUCCACCUUUGGACUGGCCACACCCCCACAGCUCCACUGCUGCUCUACUCAGAGCUACCCUCCACUUCUACCUUUCACUGGGAUUCCGGAGCCCUCAGAAUCUGUGGCUGGGGCAGGGAGCCAUGGCUGGGGUGGUCGUGGCUACGAGGAUUACCGGAGAUCUGGUCCACAGACACCUCUUGCCCUGUCCACCUGUGUCGUGCGCUUCGCCAAGACUGGUGUGUUGAGGGGUGCAGCCCUUGGCCCUCCAAUGUCACUACCUGUCCCUCUCACCGAGGCUGCACCCCCAGCACCCCCUGCUCGCUCACCCCCGGGCCCAGGCCUCACUCCUGCUCCAGCCAAGGCCUCCCCAGAGGCAGAGGAGGCAGCUCGCUGUGUGCACUGCCGAGCCCUCUUCCGUCGCCGAGCUGAUGGGCGUGGUGGUCGCUGUGCAGAGGCCCCGGACCCAGGUCGCCUUCUGGUGAGGCGCCUCAGCUGCUUGUGGUGUGCAGAGAGCUUGCUCUACCACUGCCUGUCAGAUGCCGAAGGUGACUUCUCGGACCCAUGCGCCUGCGAGCCGGGCCACCCACGCCCUGCAGCACGCUGGGCCGCACUGGCUGCGCUCUCGCUGGCUGUGCCCUGCCUUUGCUGCUAUGCACCCCUGCGUGCGUGUCAUUGGGUCGCAGCGCGAUGUGGCUGUGCUGGCUGUGGGGGUCGUCAUGAAGAGGCUGCCCGGUGAGGACAGCCUGAAAGGUCCGGAAACCGGACUGGGGACCCAAAAUGGAGUUUCCAGGACCUCAAACUCAGUUUGAGCCUAAAACCCAAACCUAGGCACACCUGAAAUUUAGAGCUUGCAUUUGGAUUAAGAGACCCCAGAUCUGGAACGUGAACUCCAAAUCUAGCCCUGAGACCCCCAGACCCAGCUCCAUGGAGGUGUCUGUCAAGAGGACCCAGGUGUCCUGAAUUCUGGAUUCCCCCCUUCUCUUACUCACUAAGGCGACUCCAGAGGGCCUGGGGAACACACAAAUUACUGGGAGAUUCAGGGACCGGGAACCCUGACUCUCCAUAUGCCCAAGCUAAAUUCGGGUCGUACUAGUACCAUGAAACUCACAGAUUAUCUGCCCCAAAUUAGUCAGGAGUUGCUAAUACCUGACCCUAUUUACAGUGACUCCCAGUCUUGAGAUCAGAGGACCCAGAAUCACCCCCAAGUGGUCCCUAAGCUUUCACUGGAGACCUGGCAUACCUACAUCUUGGGUGCUCUUGAAGUCCCAGGAUCUCUGAGAUGCCAAACCCUUGUGGAUUUGAGGUUCCAGAUUGGUUUUGAAUCAACAGACACUGGCCCAAGUCUACCUACAGACUUGGUCUUUGAUUGAUGUCCAGGUGACCUCCAGAUGCCCUAGGACUGCAGAUUUAAUUUGCACUAAGUCCUUAGAUAAGGUCAAUCAUGAGUGGUCCUCUGGCCAAAAUAAUAUGGCAGGCUUGUUCCAGAGCUGAGUAAACUCCAGGUGGCAGACAAUAAGAUUAUCUGGGAGCUAGGGAUUGAAGAUCUCUAUAGACCCACCUGACCCAAGCCAGUAUUCUUGGGAGCUUUGGGCCUCAUGUAUGGGUUCUGAGGAGCCUGGUAUUCCCAUAGGUAUGGCUGCAGGCCACCAGCAUUUUGGGCUCAACACACUGGUUGCAAGUCCUCAGUUAGCCCUCUUUCAGUUUCCCCUAGAUUUGGAUACCGAGACCAAAAAUGUUUAUGACUCUUUGGCUUCCUUCUCUCCCCAAUCCCUUAAGGCUGGAUUUGCACAGCAGUAAUUUUGGGGCUAGCUAUUGCCCUGCAGUAACCCUCAUUUGAUUUCCCCAGCCUUCAGACACACUCCUUCAAGCCCAAUUUUGAGUCCUAUCCCCAGUCAAGCUCCCAGAAGAUGGGGUGGUCACAAUCCAGGCCUCUGAUCCUUUAGUCCCAAAUUCCUGAGUGACUCCACCAUGCUUUAAGAGCACUGACUCUAAGACGCCAUGGUGACAUUGACCCUAGGUGCAAUGUUCUAGUCCCUACAACCUUGGGAUUGUUUUUAACCCAAGACCUUGAUUUUUUCAUGCUGGAUAUGUUCAGAUCCAGGAUGCCCCAGGACCCUAGCACCCUUAGACUCCAUAUUUCCUUGGAUCACUUUAGACUGACGAAGCCCCAGGAUUCUUUACCUGUUUCCCUGGGUUCUGCUUGUACUCCUUCUGAGGAUCAUUGCCCCUCCAAAUCCUGCCAUCCAUGGGUCCAUGAAAUCCCAAAGUUAUAGUAAUCCUCGCAAUUACCCUUUAUCCUAGGGGAAAACCACAUGUUUAAACUCAUAUUCCUGGAUUCCAGAGCCGCCUAGCAUCUCCUCUGACCUGUAGGGCCUGGUAUUGCCACAGAAGAUUAUAUAUUCUUGACUAAGUAAAAACAGACAGCUGCUGUAUUUGGGCAAGCUGGAUGAUCAGAGGAAGGUUUGCCCUUCUUGAGUUUGCACGGCAGUAAUUUUUGGGCUAGCUAUUGCCAGGUAGAAACCUCCGUCAGAUUUCCCCCAGCCUUGAGACACACCUUCAAGCCCAGUUUUGAGCCCUAUCAAGUCUACUCCAUUAACCUCUUUCAUCUCAGAGUUGGAGAUUUCUUUGGAAAGCUGAAAGGCCUAUUUCAUGGCCCCUUCCCCAGACUCCUUUUCCAGAAAAGAGGAAUGCUACAGUCUCUUUUCCCCAAGUACAGAGGGGUGUCCUGAGUACCUAAGGCCUAGUGUCCUGGAUUUGGGGAAUAAGACAAGACUUUUUAUGGGUUUAGAACCUGCAUCUGGCUAUAAGCACUUGGGAAUGUGCACUCACCUUUUCCUCCAUUAUCCAGAUAGGUAAACUUGUGAGGAUUUGAGGGAUAGAGAUUUCCAUCACUUCCUUUAAAUUAUUAACUAUUACAUCCGGAACCUGUGAGAUUCCGCUCUCCCAACCUGGGAUGGGUGAGAGAAAAUGGAGGUGGGGGUUGCCCCUCCCAUUCCCACUCUGCCCAUUGCUCAUCAUUGUCAUACCCACCAGAGCUGAGGGUAGAGGGGCUAGGACAGCCUGGGUCCCCAUCUCCCUCUCUGUGCCUCAGUCUCCCCCUUCUGUGGUGGGCUGGGGGAAGCUCCAUUCUUAACCUACCUCGUUUUAGGAGGGGUAGGGUGGGGGACCAGAGUGCUGCAUGGUGCUGUGAGGUCUUCAGAUUAACCAGUGGGGGGGUCCCCAGCCUUCAAUUCUCAGCACCACCUCUCCCAGCCCUGCUUCUUACUGAUACCCACCUCUAAUCCAUGAUUACUCUUCAUUGCCCCCACAUCUGGGGUGCUUGGAGGACUGACCCUGGGAGCCAGGAAAACCUCAGACCCUGGAGCCCCCAGGCCCAAUUUCUCAGUCACUUGCCCUUUGGAUAGGAUGCUUUAGCCCCUCAGACUUGUGGGGGAGGCAUCCCAACAUUUAUCUUCCUGAUCUCUAUUCCAAGCUUGUCUCAAUAUUAGCAUCAGUGCAGGCUGAAUUGGUAGCAAGAUGGGGGCCAAAGACCCAGCUUUGUUGUGGAAUUGUGGGGGCUUGAGAUCUGCUCCAAGAAAUGUCUGUGACAAA